CUCUCUCUCUCUCUCUCUCCACACCAUAAAUCAUUUCUCGUUUUUUUUUCCGUUCUCCCCCUCACUCUCUUCUGUCAAAGGAUUCAAGAUUGCUGCGCCUUUGCCAAUUGGACGGCGGCCCACCUCGGUGGCAGAGCUCUGGGUGGCCGCUGCAUCAUCAAAAACUUGAUCUUGGGGGAGGAAAGAUUGGGAAUUCUGGUUGGGUUUCUUGGUUCCAGGAGCCUUUCUUGGUGGGUGUCUCUCAGGGUGAAGCGUUUUGGGAUUGUUUGGAGCGAGGAUUGCUACUAGUCCAAUCAGUCCUGAAUCCCAAUAUUAUUAUUUUUUUGGUUCUGAUUUGGAAGAUUUUGUUUCUCGGUGGGAUUCUUGGUUGUUCGUGUGCUCCUGUACCAAAGCUCCCAUUUUUGGUUCUUGUGGGGAUCAAAGAGAGAGGAGUUCGAUCUUGGGGAGAGUUUUGCUGCCAAGAUUCGAAGUGGCAUUCUGAUUUGGGUCAAACAAGUUCCUGUUUCUUGGAAGAUUAGUCUUUGCAUAGACCAAAGUGACGACGGUUUUGGUGGUAGACUUGACGAUUUGAGUUGGAAUUUGCUGGGGGGAGUUCUACAAGUUGGAGUUGAUCUUUGCUUUGGUAGGGAAGCUUCUGGAGUUCCAUUCCGGAAGUUGUAGGCUUCCAUUUUUGGCUCAGGCAAAGGUCGCUUUCAGCCACUUGAGAAUUCCGUUGUGUGAGGGUUUGAGGUUGAAGGAGACUCAUGGCGUCGAUAUCGGAUAGCGAGACGACGAAUCAUGGGAGCAUAUGGGAUUUGGAUCAGAACCUUGAUCAGCCCAUGGAUGAGGAGGCCAGUCGGCUCAAGAACAUGUACACAGAGAAGAAGUUCUCGUCGAUUUUGUUACUACGGCUCGCAUUUCAGAGCCUUGGUGUUGUCUUCGGUGACUUAGGUACAUCUCCAUUGUAUGUUUUCUACAAUAUCUUCCCUCAUGGAGUCGACGAGGAUGAGGAUGUUAUCGGAGCUCUUUCUUUGAUCAUUUACACCAUCACCCUCAUUCCUCUGAUGAAGUAUGUCUUUGUUGUCUUGCGGGCAAAUGAUAAUGGCCAAGGCGGCACGUUCGCUCUCUAUUCUUUACUUUGCCGGCAUGCAAAGGUCAGCACUAUACCCAACCAACAUAAGACAGAUGAAGAGUUAACAACAUAUAGUCGGCAAACUUAUGAAGAGAAUUCACUUGCAGCAAAAGUAAAGAGAUGGCUAGAGGGACGUCCAUAUAAAAAGAACUGUCUUCUUAUUCUAGUUCUCAUUGGUACCUGUACAGCCAUUGGAGAUGGGAUCCUUACUCCUGCUAUAUCAGUUCUCUCUGCGUCAGGUGGAAUAAGAGUUCAAAAUCAGAAGAUGAGUACAGAUGUGGUUGUAGUCGUUGCUGUGAUCAUUCUAAUUGGCUUAUUCAGCAUGCAACACUAUGGUACAGAUAAAGUUGGAUGGCUCUUUGCACCUAUAGUGCUCCUUUGGUUUAUCCUAAUUGGGACUAUUGGGGCACUGAACAUACACAAGUACAACAAUUCAGUCCUAAAAGCCUAUAAUCCGGUCUAUAUCUAUCGAUAUUUCCGACGAGGGAAGUCUGAGAGCUGGACCUCCCUUGGAGGAAUCAUGCUUAGCAUCACAGGGACCGAAGCAUUAUAUGCUGAUUUAUGUCAUUUCCCUGUCUUUGCCAUUCAGAUUGCUUUCACGUUAGUGGUGUUCCCUUGCCUUCUCCUCGCGUACACUGGGCAGGCGGCAUACAUUAUUAGCAACAAGGACCAUGUAGUUGAUGCCUUCUAUCGCUCCAUUCCAGAUACCAUUUACUGGCCAGUCUUCAUUAUUGCAACCCUUGCAGCAAUAGUUGCAAGUCAAGCCACUAUAUCUGCUACGUACUCAAUAAUAAAGCAAGCUCUCGCACUGGGCUGUUUCCCUCGAGUCAGUGUUGUCCACACCUCAAAGAAAUUUCUCGGGCAGAUUUACAUCCCUGACAUCAACUGGGUACUUAUGAUUCUUUGCAUUGCAGUAACAGCUGGAUUCAAGAACCAAAGCCAGAUAGGAAAUGCAUAUGGCACUGCUGUGGUGAUAGUUAUGCUGGUCACAACAUUCCUCAUGGUCCCAAUAAUGUUGUUAGUAUGGAAAAGCCACUGGAUCCUUGUGGUCAUUUUUAUUGUGCUCUCGUUGAUGGUGGAGCUCCCAUACUUCACAGCCUGCAUUAACAAAGUUGACCAAGGUGGUUGGGUUCCACUUGUAGUUGCAAUUGCAUUCUUCAUCAUCAUGUAUGUGUGGCAUUUCUGCACCGUGAAGCGAUAUGAAUUCGAGAUGCACAGCAAGGUUUCCAUGGCCUGGAUUCUAGGACUUGGGCCAAGCCUCGGCCUUGUCAGGGUUCCUGGGAUAGGCUUUGUAUACACCGAGCUGGCAAGUGGCGUCCCGCAUAUCUUCUCCCAUUUCAUCACCAACCUUCCUGCCAUCCAUUCAGUUGUUGUCUUCGUUUGUGUCAAGUACCUUCCAGUAUAUACUGUCCCGGUCGAAGAACGGUUCAUCGUGAAGAGGAUCGGGCCAAAGAACUUCCACAUGUUCCGCUGUGUCGCGAGGUACGGAUACAAGGACAUCCACAAGAGAGAUGACGACUUCGAGAAGAUGCUCCUCGACAGGCUCUUGCUCUUUGUCAGGCUGGAGAGCAUGAUGGAUGACUAUUCAGACUCUGAAGACUUCACUAUGAUGGAGGAGAAGACUCAGGGAUCAAGCAAUGCACUGCUGCUAACUGGUAAGGCUGGGAGCAACACAAUGUGCUCCACUGGUGACCUGAGCUACUCAUCACAGGAUUCCAUUGUGCCUGCCAAGUCACCACUAAGAGGGAACAGCCUGACAAGGUACUCGAAUCAGACAUUUGGCGAUGAACUGGAGUUCCUGAACCGGUGCAAGGAUGCUGGCGUCGUGCACAUACUGGGGAACACAAUUGUUCAUGCACGACCAGAUUCAGGGAUCAUCAAGAAGGUUGCUGUAAAUUAUGUGUUUGCAUUCCUCAGGAAGAUUUGCAGGGAGAACAGUGUGAUAUUUAAUGUUCCCCAUGAAAGUCUGCUCAAUGUAGGCCAGAUAUACUAUAUAUGAACAUUUUUUUGUUCUUUAGUCUUGAUUCAGAGUCUCAGAAAGUGAGCAGGUGUGACAUUCUGCUGUGUGUAGGGUAGAUGAACAAGUAAACGAUCAGUUCUAGAGCAAGUUUCAUUCAUCAUUUUCCCCCUUUGUCAGUACAAAUUGAUUUUUGUAGAUUCCACAUCCUCUGUCAACCUAACCAGUAAAGGAGAAAAGAAAAAGGGACUGCAAAAUGCCUAUUUACCAUGACAUGCAACUAUGAGAUCCAUUGUUGCUGCAAA